GGCCACUUCGUCAUAGGGUGUUAUAUUUUUCCAUGAUGGCUGAGGGCCUCAAAACAACUUCUAUCUUAGACUUGCGUCCUGGUGUCAAAAAUGUGACAUGUUCUUUCAUCGUGAUUGACAAGGGUACGACCAGUCAGACCAAGGAUGGGAGUGUAGUGAGAAAGUGUAGAGUGGCCGAUGCAUCUGGAUCCAUUCUGUUCUCCCUCUGGAACGAGCAAGCUGCCGCCAUUGAAGAAGGGGACAUACUGAGACUUAUCAAAGGAUAUGCCUCGCAGUGGAAAGGCUCUAUGGUGCUCUACAGUGGCAAAUAUGGGAUAUUGGAAAAGAUAGGAGAGUUUACAAUGGUUUACAGUGAGGAGCCAGACAUGAGUAACAGCAGUCUUGACUUUGGGCAGGCCCUCCCUGGACAAAGAGUCAGAGCUGAUGAUCGAUUGCCCCUCCCAAACAGGAAUGGCAGUAACAGCACACAACGAUCAGAGCCCUUCUACUCAGACACACACUCUCCCCACAGAACACACAAUCACAAGGAACAAUAUACUUCCUCACAUCAUCACAGACCCUCCACUAGCUACAGCUAGUAGGGUCUAUAAUUAUUAUAAUUUUAUGGUUGUCUCAAUUCACUUUUUCUUUGA